GAAUAAUAAGUUGCCCAAUGCCUAUUAUAUAUUCCUAACUCACAAGUCAAAUUCACAAAUCAUAAGUCACACCAAAAAAAAGACACAAAUUAAACAAGAUUGGUAUAUUGUAGAAACCAUUUACUACUCUGUCUAAAGAUUCCUCUUCUUGUUCCUCUUCCUCUUUCACUUUCUCUCUCUAAUGGAGAAUAUUGGUGAUGAGUACCAUCGUUAUUGGGAGACCAGCAUGUUCCUCCAAACCCAAGAACUCGACAACCAUGGCAGCUGGGGUUUGGAUGAGGCGUUGUCAGGCUACUACGAUUCGAGCUCGCCGGACGGUGCGGCUUCGUCGGCGGCGUCGAAGAAUAUUGUGUCGGAGAGGAAUAGAAGGAAGAAGCUCAAUGAAAGGCUUUUUGCUCUUCGAUCAGUGGUCCCCAACAUCAGCAAGAUGGAUAAGGCUUCAAUAAUAAAGGAUGCAAUUGAGUACAUACAAAAGUUGCAAGAACAAGAGAGGAUAAUUCAAUCAGAGAUAGUUGAGCUUGAGAGUGGUAUGAUGGUGGAGAAGAAGAACCCUAACAGCUAUGAAUUUGAGCAUCAGGAGCUUCCAGUGUUGUUGAGGUCCAAGAAGAAGAGAACAGAUGAGCUUUAUGAUUCUCUCAAUUCUAGAAACUCCCCUAUUCAUAUACUAGAGCUGAGAGUAACAUACAUGGGAGAGAAGACAAUAGUGGUAAGCUUGACAUGCAGUAAAAGGACAGAUACAAUGGUGAAACUGUGUGAAAUUUUUGAGUCAUUGAAGCUGAAGAUCAUCACCGCCAAUAUCACCUCCCUUUCCUCUGCCCGGCUUUUGAAGACAGUCUUCAUUGAGGCAGAUGAAGAAGAAAAAGAUCUUUUGCAGAUAAAGAUCCAAACAGCAAUUGCAGCUCUUAAUGACCCUCUAAGUCCAAUGAGCAUUUGAUGAAGAAUAUAAUUAUAUUAUUAAUUGGAAGUUCCAACUUUUGGGUCAGUGGUGAGUGUUGGGUACAAUACAAGGUUCAAAUGAGUGCUAUUUGGGUGGUAUUUUCCUUAUCCCUCUUUGUUGUUCCCACUCAAAUCUUCUCAUCACUAGUGAAUAGUGUGAUUAAGUCUUCACCUUUGUUUUGUGGGUAAGUUGAGCAAGUUUUCUCAUAAAGUGCUUUCUGUGUCCAACAA